AUGGAUACUCAAGACGAAUUGGUGCUUUACCAGCAGAGUCUGCAGCGAGAAAUCGAAAGCAAAGAGUAUUUUUUGAAGCAGGCAAAAGCAGCACUACAGCUGCAGAGAAAUUCAUCAGAUCAAAUCCUGAAAGAUGAUAUAGGACUCUGGAAUUCGUUCAUGGAAAAACCUAUGUUCUUUCCCGAUCGUUCUGACCCUCUGGGGUGGAGCUUGGCCUCGUGCGAAUUGAGAAAUCGGCUCAAGUCCAACGAGCAGUACUUGGAGCUGGAGCCUCUAGAACCCCUACGAGAAACGCUCAAACUACAAGAAAGACUCAAUACAGGGUUGGAAACACUUGAGGCCUUGCUCAAAUCAAGGCUUGAAGGCCACCAAAAUGCGAAAACAAAACGCAGAUCAUCAAUUUCAGCGGAGUCUUGCAAUGUUAAAUUGUGGGACAUUUUGAACUUACUGAUCCGGAACUUUGUUGCCGUCGACCUUUCAUCGAAGGGAUCCGAUAUCGACCAGGUGGCAGCUACAAUGCUGGAUGUGUUAAAACAUUUGUUGCAAGUAGAUCGCAAAGUAUCGGUGGAAGAAUUUAGUGGCCAAUGUUCGGGACUUUAUAGAAUCUUAUUGAGGGCUAACUGUAUACGCAAGUCGAAAGACGGCCGUUUUAUUGAGCUCGCUGACUUUUUUGAAGAGUUUUAG